GAAAUGUCCUCAUGAUGUCCUUCUGAUCAGCGAUGUACGGCUGAAUGAAUGCGGGUUAUCUAGAAAGGGAGAUUUUUACUUUGCGUUAAAAUACUAUAUUGUGUUUAAGCGAUAAAAGCAAUAAACGUUUUUCCUUCACGGCUACUCGCUGUCCCGGCUUCUUUUGGCCCGUGUCCUCGAUGGAGAGUUUAGUAGCCGGUCAAUGUGUAAAAGUUUCGUUCGUGGUGCCGUGACCAAAGACAAGUUCUUGGUAUAGGAAAAAAUUAUUUAAUAAAUAAACGAUAAUCUAGUAUAUUGUUUUCUGUUCGGAUAAAACUCUAUGUUACAGUCUCGCUCCUAUCAUUUGGAAUUUCAUAUAUGUCCUUGAUCAUGAUGAAUAAUUAGUAUGCAAAUGACUAUUUUCCCCUAGAAGGUGUUGGCAAAGACUGUGCAUGCGCGCGAUUUGAGACGCGCCCUGUGUGUGUCUCUGUGUGUGUGUGUGUGUGUGUGUGUGUGUGUGUAUACUGAUGAUCACUUCCUCAGAAAAAGAGAGAGAGAGAGAGUGAGACAGACACUGUUGGCAUAUUUAGGUCCAGAGUAAAGGCUGAUCAUGACAGGUUUCUGAUGCACGGCCCGGAUCACCGGACACACGGCACCGCCCGGAUCCGACGGUUAAGCCUGCGGUAAUCGCGGGAAGGAAGGACGGACGGACGGACGGACGGCGUUAAAAGGGGGGGUAAAACAAGACCCAGCAGGGGUGGAGGAGUUAAGGCGACAGAGAAAGAGCGAGUGAGAGCGAGGAGACCAUGCGAGAAUACAAAGUGGUCGUGCUCGGCUCCGGCGGCGUGGGCAAAUCCGCCCUGACCGUCCAGUUCGUCACGGGCUCCUUCAUCGAGAAGUACGACCCGACGAUAGAGGACUUCUACCGCAAGGAGAUCGAGGUGGACUCGUCGCCGUCGGUGCUCGAGAUCCUGGACACGGCCGGCACGGAGCAGUUCGCCUCCAUGCGCGACUUGUACAUCAAGAACGGCCAGGGCUUCAUCCUGGUCUACAGCCUGGUCAACCAGCAGAGCUUCCAGGACAUCAAACCCAUGCGAGACCAGAUCAUCCGGGUCAAGCGCUACGAGCGGGUUCCCAUGAUCCUCGUGGGCAACAAGGUGGAUCUCGAGGGCGAGCGGGAGGUGUCCUCAGGAGAGGGUAAAGCCCUGGCUGAUGAGUGGAACUGCCCCUUCAUGGAGACCUCGGCCAAAAAUAAAGGCUCGGUGGACGAGCUGUUCGCGGAGAUCGUGCGCCAGAUGAACUACGCCGCGACGCCCAACGGGGACGAGCAGUGCUGCUCCUCCUGUGUCAUUCUCUAAAACACACCAUUCGGAUUUGUUGUCUUUAGUUGUUUUUGUUUUCCCCUCACUUUUGCAGUCGCAACCCCUGUAAGCGCGCGCGACUUGGUAAAUAACGUGACUCAACGGGAGGUUUGAGCAACAAACAAACAAAGCGCGAAUUUAUCUCUCUGUCUCUCUAAAGAAUCCCUUUCUGGUGUUCAAUGUCAUCAGUAUUUUUUUUUAAAGUGUCCUAAAUUGUCUUGCACAUGCGUAAUACGAGAAAGAGAGAAGGGGAAAAGUGCAUCAGUGUUUACAAUGACAGAAUACUUGAAUGUUCUGGGAUUGACAAACCAACCCAGGGUUGUUUUUGUUAUCUUCUUCCUUUUUUUUGUUUUUUUUCAAACGUUGUCUCCCUGGUGCCUAGUUUAUGUGGGUUAUUCUUUUGUUUUGUGUUUUUUUUUUUUUUUUUUUUUUUUUUUUUUUUUUUUUUUUUAGAAAAACUGAUUCGUAAAACUUUUUUGGGGGGUUGUUGUUUUGCCAGGAUUUAGUAAUCCCAUCCUUGGCCUGCUUUUGCAGUAUCACUACCGGUUUUUUUUUGGAAACGCGGAUCACACUUAUUGGUAACUAGUGGCGUCUGGUAACUAUGGAAACUGAACGACGUCUUCGAGCCGGAAGUAGUGUGUUUUUUUUGUUUUUUUUGCGGUUUUUUUUUCUUUUAAAAAUGUGAUGCCCGGGGUCUCGCGAGGAUGAUGAUAAGUAAGUAAAUAAAUAAAUACGGACUUCACUUCAACUUUAGGAAGCCAAAUUGCGCAAUGGAGGAUUACGUUUUGCUGCACGCGACGACUCCGAAGGAUCUGCAAAAAAAAACAACAAACAAACAAACAAACAAACAAACCAUUGGGAUUCUUUUCGUGUUGUAUUUUAUUUAAUAAAAAAAAAGAAAGAAAAGAAGAGUCGACGGAAGUUGUCACAAUUCACAGUGACGUUUGUUGGUGUUUGUGUUUUGUUUUGUUUUUGUUUUUUUUUCUUUGACUCAGCGUGCGCGAGGACCUUACUGUGGUGACGUAAGGACGUCGUGAUGACGCCGUGCGUCGAGUGCCUUCCAUUUUUAGUGCCAACCUGGAGAAGGUCUGAGGAAGUUUAAUGGCAAAGUACUUAAACUGUUACACUUUAAAAACAACAACAAAAAAAAGGGGUUAUAAAGUGUUUAUAACGCCUCAUGUCAAAGGAGUCACGUUCUUUUGGCUCACAAUUUGGCCUUUCGUUAUUGUUUUUAUUUUGUUUGUUUUUUUUUGUUUUGUUUUUUUAGUUCCAUUUUCUUCAAAGCUGGUCUAUUUUUUUGGCCAAAUAGGGUUUAAACAAUGACAGGUACUGCGGCUCUUGGAGCUCUCUGACUUACAACCAUAAUCCACUUCCUCUAGACCAGUGUUUUUGUUUUGGUUCGUUGUUUUAUUUUUAAUAUAUUUUUUUUUUAACAACAAAAAAAUGUGAUGUAUCAUUUGAAAUUCUAAUCCGAUUGUACGUUUAAAAUGCAGACCGGCUUUUUAACGGCUGUUCUGAAUGUUUAAAAAAAAAGACUUUUAAUACAAAUUGCAUUUUUAAAAAAUA